AUGGAAUACAAUCGCGAACCGUGCCCCUGGAGAAUAAUGGACGAUUGCGGUGGUGCCUUCACCAUGGGUGCCAUUUGUGGCACACUCUUUCAAAGUAUCAUAGGAUUUCGGAACGCGCCAUCGGGUUUCCAACGAAGAUUCUACGGCGGUAUAAUGACAGUGAAAAACCGGGUCCCACAAAUAUCCGGCAAUUUCGCCAUUUGGGGCUGCUUAUUCUCGGCGAUCGAGUGCACCCUGAUACAUUUCCGCUCGAAGGAGGACCCAUGGAACUCCAUACUGAGUGGCGCCCUCACCGGUGGCGUUUUGGCCGCCAGAACCGGGAUCCCGUCCAUGAUAGGCAGCGCCACCGUCGGCGGCAUCUUCUUGGCGCUCGUCGAAGGAUUCGGAAUAAUGGCGACCAGGCUUCACGCGGACGCGUUCGCUCAUCAUAUGCAGAUGUACGAGAUGGAGAACCUUCCGGAAUUUCACGGACUUCCGCCCAGGGCGAGAUUAGGUUUCACCGGCGCGCCUGUAAGUACGGAGAGUGUGACGAGGCAGGUUAAUGGGAAUGGUAUGGAGGUUGAUAGGAUUAGCAAGGGUAGAUGA